AUGGCCUCUUUCGGGGCUCUCAAGUCCCAAAUCUUCGACAGAGAAGCUCGGAAACAGCAGUAUCAAUCUCAUAUACGAGGGCUCAACGCAUACGAUCGCCACAAGAAGUUUUUGGAUGAUUAUGUUGACUUUUAUGGAAAAGAAAGAUCAACAAAAGAAAAAUUGCCUGUUAAAACUGAUCAAGACACUCUGAGAGAAGGAUAUCGGUUUAUACGUUCUGAGGAAGAUGAUAUGAAUCUGUCUUGGGAACAAAGGCUUGUGAAGCGCUACUAUGACAAGCUUUUUAAAGAAUACUGCAUAGCUGAUAUGUCACAGUACAAGAGUGGCAGGGUUGGCCUCAGGUGGAGGACUGAAAAAGAAGUAAUAGCUGGGAAAGUGAAAAGGAUAGUCUGGCAAGCUAUGAGGCAAGUGUUCGUAGAAUUCAUCUUUAAAGCCAUUUGUCUUUACCUUGACUGUAGUUAG